UCGGAUCCUACCCGCCUGGAACUUUCGCGGCCCCGGCACGCGAACGCAGCACUCCACAGUGGCCUCUUCGACCGUCCAGACCGUCCAGACAGAUGCGAAAGAAGCCCCGCCGAGUCCUCUUCCCCAGAAUAAUGCAUAUAUCGUGUCCCCCGUCGCUGGGACCCCCGCUUACCGUCCGAUGAAGAUGAGGGUUGCAAUCCGCGAGCAGCUUGCGGCCCUCGUGAUAUUCGCAGUCCUAGUAGCCUUGGCUAUCGUCUCGAUCCCGACGUGGAUAUUUGUGCACAACUUUGUCGUCGACGUCGAAUCUGACGGGCUCGCCUUGACUGCGUCGCUGAAGGCGGCGAGAAUCUCCUCCGAGAUAGAAUUGGUCCAGACAACCUGCCAGUCCAUUGCGUCACGGCUACUAAUCCAAAAUGGUCUCUCGACUUUCUAUGAAGCAGGCGGCGAGGAGCCAUUCGUGGAAGCUCACAAGGAUCUACAGACUGCCCUCACAUCAGGCGGCCUCUCAGGACUACUGCAGGCAAGGCUCUACUCUCGAAACACGACCGGCAACCCUGGGGGCCUCCUCAACGUGACGGGCAGCGGGAUUGGGAACCAGACGCUGAACAUCCAGCUUCCCUACCUGACCCCGGAUGGAGUCAGGGCCAACCUCAGCGAUACCUCGUACGGAUACCCGCCCAUGCUCUACCCCAACAUCACGUACCAGGACCUGGGAUAUGCGAAUCCUUCCAUGCCCGACACGCCUGCUUUCGCUGCGAACGCCUUCCCCGACGUCCGGCUGAGCAACAAUGGCGGCCUCCUCCUGGGUCCCCUGGUGAUCAACGAGUCAUACGCCUUGAUAUCCAUCACCAUUCCCAUCAGGUCCAACAAAAUACGCGAGUUCAUCCUCGGGUAUAUGACAUUGGUCGCGUCUGCCGAGUCGUUGGUCAGCAUUCAGAUGUCCCGCGAGGGGCUGGGCAACACGGGCAUGGUGCUCAUGAUAAGCUCCAUCAACCCCUUCAACCGCUUCAAUUCCUCCUUAUCUGUGAGCAAUGGCUCAUAUACCCCUCCCCUGGAACCCUUUGCGAAUUCCGAUGUGCGCUUCGUCCUUCCCCCCGUCCCGGCCCCUGGCCAGCCGGACCGGCAUACGUCGCAUAGCUUUGGCUCGGGCGACUUCUACGACAACUUCCCCCUCAAGGACUACCCGGCCGCUUUGAAAGUCUUUUACGCCAACAACUCCAAAGUAAACAACGCCACAUCGACGCUGUCCACCAAGAACGAGCAAGGCAAGUCGGUAGCUGUUGGCGUGGCACGUCCACAGACAACCCUCGUUAGCUGGGCCGUGAUCGUAGAGCAAGACAAGAAGGAGGCCUACGCGCCAAUCUCAAAGCUGAGGAAGAUCCUGCUUGGCUGCGUGUUUGGCACCGCCGGGCUCAUCUUGGUUCUCAUCAUCCCUUGCGCCCACCUGAGCGUCUUGCCGAUUCGGAAGCUAAAGGCGGCGACGGAAAAGUCAAUCGCUCCUCCAGGAUACGAGACCGAGUACGGGGACGAUUAUGACGAUGAGGACCCAAGCUCUGGUGGCACUGUGUCCCACGCAUCGGAAAAGGGCUUCUUUGGGAAGAUCAAGCGGCGGAUAAGGAAACGGAAAGCGAGGGCGAGAAUGGAGCAAGACGGGGACUCUCAUCGCCGGGUAUUCAAGAUACCCGGGAGAGUCGACGAUCGGAAGCAUUUCAUCACCGAUGAGCUGACAGAGCUGACCCAGACGUUCAACGAGAUGACCGAGGAAUUGUUUAAGCAGUACACGUCACUGGACCAGAAGGUUGCCGAGAGGACUAAGGAGUUGGAAAUCAGCAAGAAGGCCGCAGAGGCGGCGAACGAGAGCAAAACGCUGUUCAUCGCCAACAUUUCGCACGAGCUUAAGACGCCGCUCAACGGCAUCAUGGGCAUGUGCGCCGUCUGCAUGGAAGAGGAUGACAUUGUCCGGAUAAAACAGUCUCUCAAGACUCUCUACAAAUCAGGUGACCUCCUCCUCCACCUCCUCGAGGACCUCCUCAGCUUCUCGAAGAACCAGAUAGGCCAGCAGAUCAGUCUCGAGGAGAAGGAGUUCCGACUGGGCGAUAUUAGGUCGCAGAUGGUGUCCAUCUUCGACAAGCAGGUGCGGGAGCACGAUAUCACCUUCACCGUCAGCUUCGUCGGUGCCGAGAAUACCGAUUCGAAUCCGGGGCCCGACAGGACUAGCAUGGAUAGGAGGCUGCCAGCACUGGGACCCCCAGGAGCAGGUCGACUAAAGGACAUGUGUCUCUGGGGCGACCAGCACCGGAUUCUCCAAGUUAUCAUCAACUUGGUGAGCAACAGUCUCAAGUUUACACCGGCGGGAGGCAAGGUCCAGCUCAGGAUACGAUGCCUCGGGGAAAUCGAGCAACCGAGUGAUGAGAGCAGGUCAUCGUCGUUUUCCAAGAGCGGUUCAAAUAGAGGAGGCCGCUCUCGUCACAGGGUGGGAUCCGGAUCCACGCACUCGGGUAGCUCGAAGGCGCAAACAACAUCAGUGACGCCUGUCAAGGGAGGUACGGCGCUCUCGAUCAACCCCCUGGAUCCGAAGGCCACGCCGCAGGUGCACAUUUGGGAGAGGUCACCGACGCCUCCACCAGUCAGUGCCAAGCCCUUCAUGUUCGAGUUCGAGGUCGAGGACUCGGGUCCCGGUAUCGCCGAGCACAUGCAUGACAAGAUCUUCGAGCCGUUUGUACAGGGUGAUCCGGGGCUGAGCAAGAAGUUCGGCGGCACUGGUCUUGGUCUGAGUAUCUGCUCGCAACUGGCCAAAUUGAUGGGAGGAUCGAUCACCCUCAAGAGCGUCGUUGGCGUGGGCACUACCUUCAAAAUGCAGAUUCCUCUGAAAUACGUGAGGGACCGCGCGUCGAGCACUGCGUCGAGCAGCAUGACCUCCCGGCCUCCAAGCAUAGGGUCUGCGGAUGGUGAUGGUCAGGGCAACUCACUGGCCAAGGCUUCGGCUGAUCAAAAGUCUGCCCCCGUCAUGGAUAAACGACCGCGUCUCAUCGGCUUAAGUCAACCGUUCUUCGCUUCGAACCCCAGUCCGGUACUGAGCAAGGAAGAUCAGAUGGCUGCCAUAAACAGGGCAAUAGCCAAUAAGAGCGACGGCAAGCUCCGCGUCUUAGUCGCCGAUGAUAACUCGACCAACAUCGAAGUUGUCAGCAAGAUGCUCAAGCUCGAGGAUGUGUACGAUGUCACUAUUGCGACGGACGGCCAGGAAGCAUAUGACCUGGUGAAGGCGAACAUGGAGAAGAACCAACGUUUCGACGUCAUCUUCAUGGACAUUCAAAUGCCAAACUUGGAUGGCUUGCAGUCGACCCGCCUCAUCCGCAAGAUGGGCUACUCGGCGCCCAUCGUCGCUCUCACGGCCUUCUCCGAGGAGAGCAACGUCAAGGAGUGCAUAGAGUCGGGAAUGGACGAGUUCCUGGCUAAGCCCAUACGACGUCCGGCGCUGAAGCAGGUGCUGAAGAAGUUCGCGACGAUACCCGAGGAGCCCGAGACGGCAAGCCUGACGAGGAAGACGACGCCGGAUAGCGCGGAGGGUCGGGAUAAGCAACCAGGCUUGGUGGGGUUGACCGAAGCCAAUGGCGACGGAAAAGCACCGAACAGUUGAUGAUGCCUACCAAUGGAAUGUUGU